AUAUUGAGUCCGUGCCAUGGCCUCGUCUGCUCGUUAUUGAUUUAAAUCUCCUUAAAUGGAUAAUGGCUAAUUUGCUUAUCUAGGCAAAAACCCACCAAAGAAUAGCGAAGCCCGGGAAUAUCGUUGGCAGCCUCAAGAAAGAUAACAGGAAAAUCUCCCAAGCUAUAACUAUAUAUGUUGGAUUCCCUCCAAUAGGAGCAGCAUCGCUGUGAGCAAUCAACAAAGAAAGCUGCCGAUACGAUAGGAUUUCUAUCGUAUUGUUCUCGGGAAAUUUUUUGAAAUCACUGAAAAAUUCUCGAGACUAGUUGCAGCAUUAGGCAAUGCAAUCUUUAAGUUCUAAGGCUCUCUUGAAUUUGCGUCUGCCGGGUCGCGGAGGGUCUGAUUUCUGCGAUAACAAUUUGCGAGGAAGGAGGCAUUGGGUAAAUUGCAGGAACCUGAAGAGAACGAAUGGAAUCGUGGCCUGUAUUGCAGACAGGAAUGAGAAUGGCAGAGGGGAGAUUCGGAGUGCGAGUCAAAGUGCAGGUCCGAGCUCGUUUCUGUCUCGGAGCCACACAUAUGCCUUCUUAAAGCAGCAAAUGGAGCUAGCUGCGAAGUCCGAGGACUACAAGGAAGCUGCGAGGAUUCGUGAUUCGAUUAGAUCAUUUGAAGAGGAGGAGCCAGUUUUGCGUCUGCGGAGAUUAAUGAAAGAAGCCAUUGCUGAGGAGAGGUUUCUGGAUGCAGCAAAAUAUCGUGAUGAGCUUAGAGAAAUUGGUCCACACGGUCUCUUAAAAUGUUCAAGUACUGCAACAACCUUGGGAAUCAGGGUUCAAGUUAGAAGUGCAUAUAUAGAGGGAAGAAGUCAGCCUUCAAAGGGGCUUUACUUUUUUGCAUACAGAAUCAGAAUUACGAACAACUCUGACCGCCCUGUUCAACUUCUUAGAAGGCAUUGGAUUAUAACGGAUGCAAAUGGGAAGACAGAAAAUGUCUGGGGGAUGGGGGUUGUUGGCGAACAGCCUGUAAUGCUUCCUAGGACUAGUUUUGAAUACUCUUCAGCAUGUCCAAUAAGCACACCAAAUGGCAGAAUGGAAGGUGACUUUGAGAUGAUACAUGUUGAUAGAAUAGGGUCACCAUCGUUUAACGUGGCUGUUGCUCCCUUCUCUCUGUCUCUACUGGGAGAUGAUGAUGGUCAUUAUAUUUGAGAGCGGGCUGCGGCAUCAUCCUCGAAUCGGAGAUGCGUCAGAUCGGCAUCCGGAACAUUUAAAAUACGCAUUUCUGUGAAGUGUAAAAUCUCUGACUCUUAUGAAUAAUGUCUGUACAUAACGUAUAUAUUACAGUUCAUUCAAAUACUGUGUUUCGCCCGGGGCCCCAAUGGCACAUGCACGCUUUGGCAAGUGAGUUUUAGUGUAGGGGUGGGUUUCCUCUGUUAUCAGCAAAGGUGUGUGUUUAGUUUGGCUCUCAGGACGGGAAAAACCCUACUGUGCUUUGUACCUAAUGCUGCGCCCAAACUUGAAAGUUUUUCGUGGAAUAUAAGUAUACUACAACCAUGUUUUUGCUUUAGAAAA